AUGGGGCACCUGGAGCGCUUCGUGCUCGCGAGUCUCUUGGCAACCGUUACCACGGCCUUGGAUGUGGUGGUGGUUGGGGCUGGGAUGGGCGGCCUGAGUGCUGCAAAGAAGCUCCAAGAGAACGGUCACAGCGUCACCCUCUUGGAGGGAAGAGAUCGCAUUGGUGGUCGUACGUGGACCAGCCAUGAAUUGGGCUUCCCGACAGACCUCGGCGCCAGCUGGAUUCAUGGAGCUAGCGCUCAGAACCCUUUGACGCCCUUGGUGACGGAAUUUGGCAUCGCCACAGUCGAUGAUCCGGAUGAGCAGAGGUGUCGCUAUGACAAGGAUGGGUACAAGUACCGAGCAUGGGAGCUUGCUAGCUAUGAAAGCUAUUGCUGGAGCGCUGAGUCAUCAGGGUAUGCUCCCACAACAGGCACUUUGGAGAGUGCAUUGAGGGACUACGAUCCAGCCUUUUUCAACACCGUGGAGGGAGAGAUGUGUUUGGCCACCCGUGAUUUCAAUCAAGGCUCUACAAUUGACAAAGUCAGCGUCGCGAACAUCUAUUACAGUGAAAUUGCAGAAACUGGUGGACCGGAACUUAUAUUCCUUGACGGCUACAACACCUUGACUGACAACUUAACGGCACAAUUUCAAGCUGCAGGUGGCACAGUUGUGACGAGUGCCACAGUAACCCAGGUCAACUACUGCAUGGGUUUCAGCCAGGGAGGAGAGCGCGCAUCCUGCACUGCGACUGUGAAAACUAUCCAAACCGGUGGCUCGGCAACGGCUGACUACACGGCCAAUGCUGUAGUUGUGGCUGUGCCAUUGGGUGUGCUGCAAGCCAAUGCAAUCACUUUUUCCCCAUCUCUUCCUGCCUCAUACACUGCUGCCAUUGCACGGAUGCAGUUUGGUGUUGUGAACAAAGCCGUGGCAGUUUUUGGCACUGACUUUUGGUCUGCCGGAUGCAACAACGAACUCAUGCUCGCCAUCAACAAGCAGAAUGCCACCAUCGACUCGCGCGGCAUGUUCCCAUACUUCAUGAACACCAAUCGCUUGUGGCCAGGGAAGAAUGCCUUGACGGGUUUUGCCGUUGGGAGAUAUGCCAUUGCUUCUGAACAGAAGACGGAUGCAGAAGUGCAGGCCGAUUUCAUGUCCAGAAUCCGUCAGCAAUUUCCAAGUGCUCCCGACCCAACACACUUCAUUCGAACAAAGUGGGGCUCUGACCCAUUUGCAAGGGGAGGUUAUACCACAGAUUCAGGCAUCAACAUGGAAAUGAACGAGUUGCGGCUUCUCCGUCAGGCAGUCAGCGCUUCACUCACCUUUGCUGGAGAGCACACCAGCCCUGUGUGGGCGGCCACUGUUCAUGGAGCGUAUCAGUCAGGCCAACGUGCCGCAAAUGACAUUAUGUCCGGUGCACCAUCGACUUCAGAGUCGGCUUCAGCAAGUGUUGACGCCAGACAUUCUUGUUUUUUCUUGUUGUUCCUUUUUGCUGCUACCCAGGUACCUUAA